GCAGAAAUGGGCAGGAAAAACCUUUUGGAAAACAACCGGGCGAAAGAUGGUAUUUCGGGGUGGGAGGUGACGGCGGCUGGCGGGGACGGCUUCUGUUGCGAGGACGAGAUAUCAGGAUGUAAGGACAUCUGCGAAUGUACGUCCGUCAAAGGGAGUUGCGGCUACUGGUGCACGAGUCAUGACCCGUGCGAAAAGCGACAGCUGGUAGACUUGCUGGAUAAGGGUAUUAGCGACACUAAACUGGACGGGAAGAAGCCUCCUAUUACCGUCAGAGACUGGUACUGUUCCCGGGGGGACUGCGGAUGCGAGUACUGGGUGAAGGUGCGGUUGUUGGGGGAGGACCGGGAGACGGAGUUGGAUGCCUGGGAGUUUAAGGACACUCUCGAGGAGGGCGCUGAUUGGAAGAAGUCGAGGCACGUGUUUAAGGGGUACCCGGAUGGAGUUCGGUUUGUGGAGUUCAGCCACGGGGGUAAUGACUCUCAUAACAGGGAGGGGCAUUAUGGAGUCAAGAUGACGAACUCGGCGGUCUUCGUCGGCAAGAAGAGGAGUAACAAGAAGAAAAGGGUAAGAGGGACUCGCACUCGCUUAGAUAUUCACUGA